GCGCGCGCGCGCACAAGCAGGGAAGCUGUGGUAAGCACUUCCUCUUUCAGCCUGAGGUCUGAGAGAAGAUCAUCAUGGCGGGUCCAAAGAAACACCCGGAUGACUGGGUGCUACGGUCCUUCUCCAGGAAACCACAGAAGAGUCAGCCGCACGUAUUCUCUCCCUUACUGUGGACACAUCUCCUCUUCCUGCUCGUGGGACUAGAAGCCUCUGGAAAGGACUCACCCCCAACAGUGGUGCCAGGGAUUCUAGGAGGGUCGGUGACUUUCUCCCUGAACAUUUCAGUGGACACAGAGAUUGAGCACGUCACCUGGAAUGGUCCCCAAAAUGCUCUUGCUUUAGCAGUCACAGAAACACAAGUUAUCAUUAUGGACAAAAGCUACCAGAACCGACUGAACAUCAGCUGGAACUACUCCUUGUCUAUCAGCAACCUGACUUUGAAAGACGCAGGAUCCUACAAAGCCCAGAUAAACCGCAAGAAUUCUAAAGUCACCGCUGAUGAGGAAUUCAUCCUGCGUGUCUAUGAGCAGGUGCAGGUGCCUCGAGUUGUCGUGAAGUCCGUGAACGUGUCUGAUAGUGCCUCCUGCAACAUUACCUUGAUUUGCUCUGUGGAGAGGGCAGGGACAAGCGUUCUGUACAGCUGGACCCCGAAGAACACCCAUGCUUCUGAAUCCCAUGGGGCCUCCACCAUCACCAUCUACUGGAUGCCGUGUGACCCAGACCUGCCAUACACCUGCACAGCCAGGAACCCAGUCAGCCAGAGCACCUCUGGCCCCAUCCACGCCCGGCAGUUCUGUACAGCUCCGGGAGCCUCCAGAGGAGGAUCAACGGGGGAGACAGUGGUGGGGAUCCUCGGGGAGUCAGUCACCCUCCCCCUAACACUCUCGGCCAGUCGCUACGUGAAUAACAUUGUCUGGAUGUUUAACACAUCUAUUAUCACCAAAAAGCAGGAAGUGAAGCCCAAGAUUCCUGACAAGAACUCUGGCCAAGACUACUCCCUGAAGAUUGGCCAGCUAAAGAUGGAGAAUGCCGGCCACUACUAUGCCUAUGUGUGUUCAGAGGCCUCCAGAGUCAUCAGCAGAAGACAUUUCACCCUGCUCAUCUACCGGAGGCUGAAGAAGCCAAAAGUUACCGGGAGCCUUGAGCUCAGUAUGGAUGGCAUCUGCAGGGUCAGCCUGACAUGUUCAGUGGAGGACAGUGGACACAAUGUGACAUACUUAUGGACCUUCCUACAGAAAGGAACUGUCAUGUCCCAAGGGGGAUCUCACCUCAAUAUCUCUUGGAGAAGUGAUGAAAAUCAUCCCAACUUCACAUGUACCACCAGGAACCCUGUCAGCAAGAGCUCCCAGUCAUUUCUUCCCGGCGACAUCUGCCCAGGGCAGGAGAGAAACAUGAAGCUCUACAUUGGACUCUCCUUGGUGUCUCUUAUUCUUCUGUGCUUUGGGAUCUCCAUCUGGUGGUGCAUGUGGAAGCAAAAAGGACGGCGUGGGUUUCUGAGAUCAAUGGCAUCUGCCCUAGACCAUAUCCUGGGACCUUUGCAGGCUUACUCAGUCCCAGACUCCAGCUCCAACCAAGCUGAAACCCCAGCGGAUGCGCCAGGGUAUGAGAAGCUGGACACUCUUCUCAAGACUGCCAAGCAACGGUCUAGGCCCCCCUCUGCCAGCAGCUCUGACAGCAGUGGAACAACCGAGGAGACGACAGACAUGGUCAAGGCUGGAAGAUGCCAGGAGGACACUGGACCUGACUCGGCUUCUGAGAGGCCAGCAGAGUACGAUCUCGUCAUGCUGAGGAAUGCACCUGCACCUACGGCCCAAGACAACACGGUGUAUGCGCAAGUGUUCCUCAACUUGCAGGGAAAGACCCUAGCUCCUCAGCAGAAAGAGGGUUUGGCCACAAUCUACAGCUGUAUCCAGACACCCCAGAAGGUGGUGGUGCCGCCACCACAGCAGAAUGAUCUGGAGUCUCCUGAAACCCCUACCUAUGAAAAUUUGGACUGAAAAGAAAAGCAGCUGCUGCUUCCCUCCCUGCGGUCAGAGAGGGUUCUGGACUGUGUGGGGCCUGGCACUCUUCCAGACAGAGCACUUCAGAACUGCCUUCAGCGUCUCAAAGGUGCCUGGGUUUGACCCUCGCCCUUCCUUUCACCCUUGUAACUUCCCAAGCUCAUGAACAGAUCAGACACAGGCUCCUUCUGGGAGUCCCUGGCCCUCGAGAUGCCCCUGCUCCAUCCAUCUCCACGCAGGCUCAGUUUCCCCCCCUCAGUUCAGACGCACCACCUUAGAGCUUUGCCAAGGCUGGCCACAUGUGGUUGAAAGGGCCCUGGACCUUCACACCAUCUUCUAAACAGGUGAUAAAAUGGAUCCAACAGAUAUUCUCACUCAUGGGCAUGAAGAUCUGUGUAAAAUUAUGUCCACUGCAGUAUCUUUUAAGAUAGAAGGACAGAGGGGCACCUGCGUGGCUCAGUCGAUUAAGUGGCCGACUUUGCUCAGGUCUCGCUGUUCAUGAGUUCGAGCCCCACGUCAGGCUCUGUGCUGACAGCUCGGAGCCUGGAGCCUGCUUCCGAUUCUGUGUCUCCCGCUCUCUCAGCCCCUCCUCCAUUCAUGCUCUCUGUCAAAAAUAAACUUUAAAAAAGGGGCGCCUGGGUGGCUCAGUCGGUUGAGCGUCCGACUUCGGCUCAGGUCACGAUCUCACAGUUUGGGGGUUCAAGCCUCGCAUCGGGCUCUGUGCUGACAGCUCAGAGCCUGGAGCCGCUUGGGAUUCUGUGUCUCCUGCUCUCUCUGCCCCUCCCCCACUUGUGCUCAGUCUCUCUCUGUCUCUCAAAAAUAAAUAAUAAUGUAAAAAAAAUGUUUUUAAUAAAAAAGUAAACUUAAAAAAAUUGAAUGAAAGAACAGAAAUAGCCUAAAUGUCCAUUUAGGAAGAAUCUGGCUAAAUGCCCAAUGGCGUAUCCAGGCAACAGCAAGCCCUGCCACUUUUGUAAAGAAAGUGAAGACCAGUGUGUGCUAAUAAGAAAUGAGCUCUAAGAACGGAAAGAACAGGGUCCAACACAGUAUGUGUCACUUGCUACCAGUUGGAUAAAGAAGAAAUGUGUAUCGGGGCACCGGGGUGGCUCAGUCGGUUAAGCAGUCGACUCUUGAUUACGGCUCAGGUCAUGAUCUCAUGGUCCGUGGGUUCGAGCCCCACAUCGGGCUCUACUCUGGCACCACAGUCUGUUUGGGAUUCUCUCUCUCUCUCUCCCUCUCUCUCUCUCUCUC